ACAGCCCGACAAGUGUUCGCAAGGGGCGCAUAAUCUUACAAGUCCGGUAGGACCAGUUUCAUAACACACGACUUUUCUCUCCGGAGUCAAAAUACAGGGAACACGGCGUGGACAACGCAACCACGAAGAGAAUGGCGCGAUCAGCUAAGUCAGCGUUGGUGCUGUGCAUGGAUGUGGGCUUUUCCAUGAGCAACUCUCCGCCUGGCCAAGAGGCCCCCUUUGACCAAGCCAAGAAGGUCAUCCAAAAGUUUGUACAGCGUCAGGUGUUUGCAGAGAACAAGGAUGAACUUGGCUUGGUGCUCUUUGGCACAGACGACACCAAAAACUCUCUGGCUGGCGACGGUCAGUACCAGAACAUCUUUGUGCACCGCCAUCUAAUGAUGCCAGAUUUUGAGCUGUUGGAGGACAUCCAGAACCAAGUCCAGCCUGGGAGCCAGCAGGCCGACUGGUUGGAUGCCCUUGUUGUGUGCAUGGACCUCUUGCAGAAGGAGACAUUGGGGAAGAAGUACGACCGGCUCAACAUCGCCCUCCUGACUGACCUUUGCUCCCAGACUAGCGUUGACCAGCUGGACAAAAUCAUCGCCAACAUGAAGAGGGCAGGCAUCACCCUGCAGUUCUUUCUGCCCUUCCCAGUGGGUGAGGAGGAAGAUGAGGAUGAUGAUGAUGAGGAGGGGGGUGGACAGACUUCGCGGCGCCCCCCCUACGGGGGAAAGGGUCUGACGAGGGAGCAGCAGCACGGGGUGGAGUUGGUGCGGAAGAUCAGGACCUCUCUGGAUGAGGAGGGGAACCUGGAUGAGGUCUAUGCCUUCAGCGAUGCCAUCGAGAAGCUAACCAUGUUCAAACGAAUUGAAAGGAGGCCUAUGGGGUGGCCGUGUCAGCUAACCAUAGGCGACACUCUGUCCAUCCGCAUCGUGGGAUACAAAGCAGUGACAGAAGAGAAAAUUAAGAAGAGCUGGGCCAUAGUGGACGCUGAAACUCACCAGAAAGAUGACGUGAAAAGAGAGACCGUCUACUGCCUGGAUGACGACAACGAGACGGAGGUGACCAAGGAAGAUACCAUCCAGGGAUUCCGUUACGGGAGUGACAUCGUGCCCUUCUCCAAGGUGGACCAGGAGCAGAUGAAGUACAAGUCUGAUGGGAAAUGCUUUUCAGUGCUGGGCUUCUCCAAACAGGAACAGAUUAAGAGAUACCAGUUCAUGGGCUCCCAGGUCAUCAAGGUGUUUGCCCCCAAAGAUGACGAGCAUGCGGGUGUGGCUCUGUCUGCGCUGAUCCGUGCUCUGGACCAGCUGAAGAUGGUGGCCAUCGUCCGCUACGCCUACGACCGCCGGAGCAACCCCCAAGUGGGCGCCGCGUUCCCGUGCAUCAAGGAGAAGUACGAGUGUCUCAUGUAUGUCCAGCUGCCCUACCUUGAGGAUCUCAGACAGUUUCUCUUCCCUUCUCUGGAGAACAAGAAAUUUGCACCCUCUGAGGAGCAGCUGUCUGCAGUGGACUCGCUCAUUGACUCCAUGAUGCUGGUGGAAGAGACUGAAGAUGGAGACACGGUGGACACCUUUAAGGUCAACCAGAUCCCCAACCCCCAGUUCCAAAGGCUCUUCCAGUGCCUGCACCAUCGGGCGGUGAGCCCGGGCACGCCCCUGCCCCAGACAGAGCCGUGGCUGCGGGCUGCUCUGGAGCGCCCCCUGGCGGUGGAGACUCGCUGUCAGGCCACGCUGCAGGAGGUGCAGAAACGGUUCCCGCUCAAGGAGGUUGCGCGCAAAAAGGAGCUGAAGACCAGUGUGGACAUUUUCGGCAAGAGCGAGGACGGAGCCUCAGACCCCAAGAAGGCCAAGCAGGAUGAGGAUGAGGAGGAGUACAACUUGAGCAAGAUCUCCACUGGCUCCAUUACAAGCGUGGGCAGUGUGAAUCCCGCCAGAGACUUCUGCACCAUGGUCCGGGAGAAGACCCUGCCCUUCGACCAGGUCUGCCAGCAGCUGAUCAGCAGGAUUGAGCAGCUUCUGCCCAGUAAGAGCAUUCCCUACAACAUAAAGUGCCUGGAAUGCAUCCGAGCCUUCAGAGAGCAGUCCAUAAAGCUUGGGAACGCGGAGCUGUAUAACAGCUAUCUGUCAUCUCUGAAGAGGAGCGUGCCCACCAGGGGGCUGGAGGACUUCUGGGAUAUGCUUGUGCAAGAGUCCCUAACGCUCAUCAGCACAGAAGAAACCACAGGAAGUACGGUGUCCAGGCAGGAGGCCAAAGAGUUCAUGGCCGCUGUGAAGCAGGAGGAGCCAGAGCCAGAGCCAGAGCCAGGGGUAGAUGAUGUGGAUGACUUGUUUGACAUGAUGUGAGAUGGAGAAUGUUCUGGAAGGGGGUCGAGAUUGACGGUGCGAACAUGGCUGAUCAAGAAGAAAGCAAUGGAACAUUGCUAGAACAAUAGUACCAAGGAGUCGCAAGAGCUAACUGGGGUUGUGCAGCACAAAUUGGGAAUGUCCAUUUUAUGUAGUUGUGCUCUGUAUGUUUCUCUAAUAUCAGUGUUCCAAUGUGUGCUGUUUUGUGUGGACAGCUGGACUUCCAUUCUCCAGUUAGCUCCCAACCAGACAGGUUAACUUUUGUAAUAUUUGGAAUCGGUGCAGAAGUGUGUGAAGGGUGUGGAUAUAAAGUGCUUUUCACAGAUGUACCCCUGCUCUUAUUUGGUGCCAUUCUCCUGAUGCCAGGACUGUACGAUUUGAGCCUGUUUUCAACCCCAUCCUGCUAUCGCCUGAUUGCCCCGAACAUCAUGAUGCACUGGUGGACAAUUGGAUGAAUUUCUGAUAUGUCAGACAUUUUAGAGCCCUUUAAUGUGGUUUCAGCAGAAUCGCAACCAGACUUCCCAGUGCUCAGCGAGUGUAUUUGGGGCAUCUUAUAAUGUUUUGUUCAUGAUAUGCAAAUAACAUGGAAAUAUAUUGCAUGUUCGUCACUGUAGGUGAUUGCUCCUCGGAGAGGGUAGUGCCAUAAUAGAUUCUGGAUGACACUGAAAGAAGUUAAUGUUAGAGUCAGAUAAAAAAUAAUUUCUGAAUAA